CGCAUAUCCGCGCGCGCGCACCCGCAGUCGCGAUGCGCGCGCCGCUCGCACCCGCGGCCUGUGCCGCAAUACUUCUGCUCUGGCCUGCUUCCCUGGUACUCUGCUAUCAGGACGAUAGAGGAUACCAAGUAGAGGACGCAUAUCAAGAUGAUGUGUUAGACGUAUUAGACGGCAGUUCACCAUGUCCCACCGACAGCCUACUGAGGACGAGGGACAUGUGCCAAGUGGAUGGCGUGGACAUACAGUGCAUCAAGAUGAGAUGCUGUGACACGCAUGUCUUCAUAGCUGGGAGAUGUAUACCGAAGACAGUAGACCCGUGCACCCUGCAGCUAUGCGAGCAGGCGUGCGAGGUGCGCGGCGAGAGCGUGUGGUGCACCUGUCACAGCGGCUUCCAGUACAGCGCUGACAACUACCAGAGGAAGACACAGCCCUACUGCGUUGAUGUGGAUGAAUGCUCUACCAACAAUGGCGGCUGUGAGCAGCGGUGUAUCAACGAUCCUGGUGGAUACCACUGCGAGUGUUCUCCUCCCCUGGUACUCGCCAGCGACGGUAAGAAGUGUGAGCGGAGAGUAACUGUCCCAAUUACCGCUUUCCUACAGGAGCCACUGCCUCUAGUGAGAGCCUCCUCGCGUUGCUACGCUCCGUGUGACACGGUGACCUGGUUGUCUCGGAAGGUGAAGCAACUAAACGACCAGCUCCACACCACACAGGCUGCGCUGAAGAAAUUGAUGGAAAGCCCGAUGUUGCGAGAUGGUGAGUCAAGACAAGGUGGUGACAGAUUCGCAGAAGGUACAUACGCUUAUAGAGUCCUUGAUUCAACAGCACCCUUAGAAGGAGGGUAUUGUCGUUGUGAAAGAGGUCCAAGGGGUCCUGCAGGCCCAGCAGGUAUGGAAGGUCCAAAGGGUGAUACAGGGCCAAGAGGACCCCGUGGACCCCGAGGUCCAAAAGGUUCUUUAGACCUUAUGCUGCUCAUGAUAGCAGACUUGAGACAUGACAUCCAGAAUUUAGAAGCUCGCGUGUAUAAAGAUAAUGAGGAUCGGCCCGAACGUUUCAACCUCCAAAAAGCAUGGCGCCGUCAGCGCAAACAAGAUAAACUGGACAGAGAAAGUAAAACGGAACAGGAAUUAGAAGCCUACACCGCACCACCUAUCGAGGGACCCGUCGAUAUAUCUCCUAAUGGUUUGAACGGCGAGAUCCAACACGAGUCUACCACAGACUGGACUCUGGUGAAGGGUGACUCCGACCCAUCAGACUUACCACUAGGUCUCAUGGACGAUAUGGCAGCCCUGGAGAAACUCCGCCAGUACCACCUACUAGCUAACAUGACGAAUAUCGACGAUGAUGAGGAUUCUGAUGCCGACUAUGAUUACAGUUUUUACUAGGAUUACAUGAGGAUGAAAAUGUUUUUUUUAAA